UUCUCCCUCUUUCCUCUUCUACCCUAUCCUGUGCACAGUUAAACCUAGAGUCAUGUUGAGAGAAAGUUGGUGACGAACCUCAAUUCGACCAUGUGGCUCGACCGCCUAGCUGGACAACAGUCCGCAUCGCCAGCAGCGUCACAGCCAGGAAGUCGUGCAUACUCGCCUGCGCCAGGAAGGAGGACUCCAAGUGGCAUCGGUCCUUAUAUCACCUCACAACAGCGUCCCGGCCAGACGCCCCGGUCAUCCUCGCUGCUGUCACUGGCCUCCAAUGACAGCUCCACGUCUUCGUUGUUGGCCGCGUCGCGAAGAGCGAAUGGCUCGACACUCAAGCAAUCAACAACAACAUACGCAGGACCGGAUCCUGUCCAUGUCUUGAACAAGCUGCUCGGCGAACCAGGAGAUAAUGGGAACGAUCACAACAUCCACGAGAUCACAUCGAAAGACCUGGAAACGGAAUUCGAUUUUGGAGGAUUGUCCUUGACAGAGCUGGCCCUCUCCGAACUCCCAGUACAAACGAGCGCCCAUGUGCAUAGAUCUCAGUCGGUCGAAGAAUAUGAGCAAGAUAAAACGAAAUUCGAGGAUCUUCAUAGAUCAAUACGAGCUUGCGACCAGGUCCUAAGCUCGGUCGAAUUGAACCUCACGAGCUUUCGAAACGAUCUGGCAUCCGUCUCAGCCGAUAUCGAGACCCUCCAAGCGCGGUCCACAGCUCUCAAUGUGAGGUUGGAGAACCGCAAGGCCGUGGAAAAGGGACUCGGCCCAAUCGUGGAAGAGAUGAGUGUAUCACCCGCUGUGGUAUCCAAGAUCGUGGACGGCCACAUCGAUGAUGCUUGGAUUAAAGCCCUUGCCGAAGUCGACAAGCGAGCAGCAGCCCAUAAGAAGGCUGCAGCGGCAACACCAUCCGGCAAAGGACUACAAGACCUGGGCCCCCUACUGGAGAAACUUGUUCAGAAAGCCCUGGAGAGAAUACGGGAUUUCCUGGUUGCUCAGAUCAAGGCGCUGCGAUCCCCGCAAAUUAAUGCCCAGAUCAUACAACAGCAGAACUUUCUGCGCUUCAAGGACGUAUAUACCUUCCUGCACAAGCAUCACCCGAAGCUUGCGGAAGAGAUAUCCCAGGCAUACCAGAAUACCAUGCGCUGGUAUUACCACAACCAGUUCUCACGAUACGAAGCUGCGCUCAAGAAGAUCAAGUUACAUACAAUAGACAAGGUCGACGUGCUUGGAAACGAGGACACUUCUCGAAAGGCUGGUGUGCUUUCGUCCUCCAAGAUAUCGGGGCCACCACACGAUGCCUUUAAUAUAGGUCGGCGCAUCGACCUUCUCAAGACGAAGGACCAAAAGGCCCUCUCUUCCUACCUGGCCGAAGAGGACAGUAGCUACCACUACCUAGAAAUGCCUUUUCGCAACUUCAAUCUCGCCCUGAUCGAUAACGCCACAGCUGAAUACACCUUUCUUGCCUCUUUCUUUUCCCCCGCUCUAUCCUACAGCACUAUUUCUCGUCACUUCGCCUAUAUUUUCGAGCCGACUUUCGCACAAGGCCACACCCUAUGCAAGAACCUUAUCUCUGAGACGUAUGAUACCCUGGGUCUUCUGCUCUCUGUCCGGCUAAAUCAACACUUUCAAUUCACGCUCCAACGACGCAAAGUUCCAGCUGCCGACGGUUAUACUAAUGGCACUGCUAUGCUCCUGUGGCCCCGCCUUCAGUCGGUCAUGAAUGCGCACUGCGAGUCCGUCCGUGCCCUCACCGUUGCUCUACCGACUCGCCCAGCAUCCAAAUCCGAAUUGGUCAAACUCUCCGCAGCGCCUCACGUCACGACCCAGCGCUUCGGUCAGCUCAUGCACGGAAUUCUGUCGCUAAGCACUGAAGCUGGUGAUGAUGAGCCUGUUGUAGCCAGUUUGCGCCGAUUGAGGAGCGAGCUGGAGGCGUUUCUGACCAAGUAUAGUGGGCAAUGGGGUUCCGAUAAGCGGAAAAGGGAACGCUUUUUGUACAACAACUACAGUCUCGUAUUGACCAUUAUCAGCGACACAACAGGCAAAUUCGCCGAUGAGGAGCAGGAGCAUUUUGAAGGGCUGAAGACAGCAUUUCAGGAGGCUGCUUAGAUUUCUCAUGGAAAACCCUAUAAGAUAUCGAAACCCAUUUAAGCCAUCUGUAAGCAUAAACGAUUGACGACUCGCUUGACAAGUUUUCAAUGUUCUAAAAUAAUGCCGCGAC